UGCCUCUCUGCCCUGCCACGCUCUGGCUGGGUUUUCGCCACGCGCUGUGCUGUCAGCAGGACGGGGGCCUGCCGGUGAGCUCUGGCCGCCGUGAAGAGCGGUUUGAGUGCGGGUACAGAGAGAGAGAACUGCGCAAAAAGGGGACAGCUUAGGUUGGAAAGGGUCUUCCUGCUGGACACGGUGUAGGGGUGCCCAGCUGCUUGUGAAUCCAUCUGGGAAGGAAGCUUUAGUGCAGUCUGGAGGGGCUGCUGCUAGCACAUCUGUUCCCCUGAUUCUUGCAGUUGGAGGAAGCCAGUCAUGGGGGAAACGGGCAAAGAAGAGUAUAAAAUACAGUCGUUUGACAUUGAGACUCAGAAGCUGCUGAAAACAGCACUCAAAGACCCCAGCAAUGUGGACCUGGACAAAGUGGCCAAUGUUAUAGUUGACCAGUCCCUCAAAGACUCUGUGUUCAGCAAGGAGGCAGGGCGCAUCUGCUACACCAUCAUCCAGGCAGAGAGCAAACAGGUCGGCCAGAGCAUCUUCCGGAGGAGCCUGCUGAACCGGCUGCAGCAGGAGUACAAGGACAGAGAGGAUUUGCGCAACCGGUCACUGCAGGCAUGGAUCUGCUACGUCACAUUCAUCUGCAACAUCUUUGACUACCUGAAGGUGAACAACAUGCCCAUGAUGGCUUUGGUGAACCCUGUUUACGACUGUCUGUUCCGACUAGCACAGCAUGAUAGCCUACAGAAGGAGGAAGAGGUGGACUGCUUGGUCCUACAGCUCCACCGCAUUGGUGAACAGCUAGAGAAGAUGAACUCCCAGCGAAUGGAUGAGCUCUUCUCGCUCCUUCGAGAUGGCUUCCUUUUACAGGAGGGGCUCAGCUCCCUGUCACAGCUCUUGUUGCUGGAGAUCAUUGAGUUCCGGGCUGCUGACUGGAAGAUGACGGAUGCUGCCCAGAAAUAUUAUUAUAGCGAAGUGACAGAUUAACCGCUCUACAGCAGAGGUGGAGAGAUGUCCACAGCACUUUCACCAGCAAGCUUCAUACCAAGUUUGAAUUUUUUUCCUUUCCUUUCCUUUUUCCUUUCCUUUCCUUUUUCCUUUCCUUUCCUGUACUUCCUGUAAAUAGGAUUUAUACUGGCUAGAGCCUCUGGGUAUAUAACUGUCAUCUAUCAGUCUGUGACUGGUGCUAGCUUGAUUUUGGAUAGACACGGGAGCACACUGAAACCAGCAAGUUCUUCCACUCAUUUUGUUUGAUGAUGGGCUGCUGCCAGCAGAAGGCAAGGAAGGCUUCUAGCUUAAACCAGCAUUUUAAGUGUUAAGGAAAGCUGAGAGCAUGCUGGUUGACCCAAGAGCCAAUGCUGCUGAGGGAGGCAAAGGGGAAAUAUUUCACAGCUCACAGUCCCAAACCAGGUUGUUUAGGAAAGGUUACAGAAAAUACUGUGGUCAGAUACAUCACAAAUAGCUCACCAAAUUGCUGCUUUUCACUGAUUACUUCCAGCAGACUGGCAAUAUCUGCAUGGGUGUAUGACUGUGGGUUGUUAGCUACCAGUAUCUGCUGGCAGCUUUCAGCAGGAUAAGGGCUCUGGAGCACAUGUAGCUAGAAACAAGUUUUAUAUGUUUUAUACAGUAACUGUUCUGGGUUUUUUCAAAAUCUAUUAAGGUUCAAGUAUGGUAUGUUUCUUAUGAGAUUAAGAAUGGGAAAGGAAGAAAGAAAACAAAAUAGUCUAUUGGGUGUUUUUUGUAAUAAAACUUUUCCACUAA